UAUCAGAUGCUCUUGCACAUAAAAUGAAACGACUCAUGAAAUUGUUAGUAUUUUAUUAUAAAGUGGCUUAAUUGCCACAUCUUCUUAAUCAUGAAAUACAUAUUUGUAUUCUGUUUGUGUGUGGCUGGGGUGCUGGCGAAACACGAAAUUUAUGAUGGACAUGCCGUUUAUCAAGUAGAUGUUGCCUCAAUGGACCAAGUCAAAUUGGUCCAUGACUUCGAAAAUGAUUUGAUGCUCGAUGUCUGGUCUGAUGCUGUGCCCGGACGCCCUGGCAAAGUUCUCGUCCCCAAAUUCAAGAGGGAAAUAUUUGAAAACUUCCUCAAACAGUCUGGAGUGCAAUACAAACUCGAAGUUGAAAAUGUUAAAGAACAGCUAGAAUUGGAAGAUCAACUCCUAGCCGCAGCUGCAGCUAAGAGCAACAGCUCCAGAUCGCGUCUGUCCUUUGACAAAAUCCACAGUUAUGAAGAGGUCGAUGCUUACUUACAAGAGCUUGCAAAAGAAUUCCCAAACGUUGUCACCGUUGUUGAAGGAGGAAAGAGUUUCGAAGGCAGAUCCAUCAAGUACCUCAGAAUUUCUACCACCAACUUCCAGGACGCCAGCAAGCCCGUGGUCAUGAUGCAGUCUCUCCUCCACUGUCGUGAAUGGGUGACCCUCCCUGCGACUCUCUACGCCAUCCACAAACUUGUCAUUGAUGUCACAGAAUCUGACCUGAUCAACAAUAUCGAUUGGAUCAUCUUGCCUGUAGCCAAUCCCGAUGGUUAUGUUCAUACUUUUGGCGGUGACCGUUACUGGAGAAAGAAUCGCGCAACCGGCUACAUGGUUGGCAACCUUUGCAUGGGAGUAGACCUCAACAGGAACUUUGGCAUGAACUGGGGCACAGCGUCUAGCUCCAGCGUUUGCUCUGAUACCUUCCACGGCAGAAGCGCCUUCUCCGAACCCGAAACCUCUAUCAUCAGGGACAUCAUCGCCGAACAUCGCAACCGAAUGGCCUUAUACCUUGACAUCCAUAGCUUUGGCAGCAUGAUCUUGUACGGUUAUGGAAAUGGUAUUCUCCCCUCCAAUGCUCUGCAGCUCCACUUAAUUGGAGUCCAAAUGGCCCAAGCCAUCGACAGGGUCAAAUGGUCUUCCAACAAGGACUAUAUUGUUGGUAAUAUCUUCCAUGUUCUGUACGCUGCGUCUGGUGGUGCUAGUGACUACGCCAUGCAAGCUGCUGCCCCAUUCUCGUACACCUAUGAACUUCCUGCUUAUAGAAACAGUGUAUGGUUUGAUGGAUUCCUUGUAGACCCUGAUUUUAUUGAACAAGCUGGCUUUGAGACUUGGGAAGGUAUUAAAGUUGGAGCCAGAGCUGCGGCCGCUGCUGCUAAAGAAUUGAAGAAACUCAAUACUGCUUAAGAUUAUUUUAUACUGAUUAAAUUAUUUUUGAUACUGC